AUGAGUACUGGUUGGAAUACAAUCGAGUCCGAUGCGGGCGUCUUCACAUACCUGCUUGACAACCUUGGGGUCAAGAACGUCCAGUUCGAGGAGCUGCUCUCGCUCGACCCCGACGCCCUCGCCCAGCUGCACCCCGUCUACGGCGUCAUCUUCCUCUUCAAGUUCCCCACCGACGCCCCUUACCAGGCCGGCGAGAAGCCGCUCGACGGCACCUUCGACAGCGAUGCGUCCGAGCACCUCUUCUUCGCGGCGCAGACCAUACAGAAUGCCUGCGGCACGCAGGCGCUGCUGAGCGUGCUGCUCAACAAGACAGACCCGUCGGCGGGCGACGACGCGGGCUUCGUGGACGUGGGCGACGCGCUGCGCGACUUCCGCGAGUUCACCAUGGAGCUGCCGCCCGAGUUCCGGGGCGAGGCGCUGUCCAACUCGGAGCUGAUCCGCGACGUGCACAACAGCUUCGCCAAGAGCAGCCCCUUUGUCGACGAGACGCAGCGGCAGUCGGGCGAGGCCGAGGACGCCUUCCACUUUAUCGCCUACACGCCCAUCGGCGGCACGCUAUACGAACUCGACGGUCUACAGCCCGCGCCCAUUAGCCACGGGCCCUGCGCUCAGGACGACUUCCCCACAAAGGUCAUGGACGUGCUGCAGCGGCGCAUUGCCCGCUACGACGCCACCGAGAUCCGCUUCAACCUACUGGCUAUGGUCCGCGACCUACGCAUCCGCGCCCGCGAGAUCGGCGACUCGGAGCUGCUGGCCCGCGAGCAGCGCAAGCGCAGCGACUGGCGCUUCGAGAAUGCACUGCGGCGGCACAACUUUGUUGGUUUUGCGGGCGAGAUCCUCAAGGGCGUCGUUGCGGCAAAGCUCAAGGAGGGAGGGCCAGCCUACGACAAGUGGAUCGACCAGGCAAAGGAGAAGAUGCAGAAGAGGAUAGAGGAGCGCAAGAAGAGUAGCGGCGGUGGAGGGGGAGGAGACGAUGUAGAUAUGGAGGGUUGA